ACCCGAUCGAGCAGUGACACCCUGAGAGACAGCACCCGCCGACAUGGCCAUGGCCGCCACCUCCUCCGCUCUGCUCGGCGCUCUCCUCUUCCUCUCCCUCUUCUCGGCGGUGGUCCACUGCUCCGGCGCGGGGGGCUCGUCCCUGGACCUGCUGUGCGGCAACCUGGGAGGCUACUACGUGACGCCGGAGCUCUGCACCUCGGCGCUCUGCGGCGCCGACCCCUCCGCCUGCCGCAACGCGCGCAGCAAACCGGAGCUCGCCGCGCUCGCCACCAGUCUGGCGGCGGCCAACGCCACGGCGACCAAGGCCAGCCUCGAGUCGGCGCUCGGCCACGGCGCCGGGAGGGACGCCGAGGCCACCAAGGGCAUGCAGUCCUGCCUGCAGCUCUACGCGGGCGCCGUGCCGGCGCUGCAGUGGGCGGCGCAGGCCGUGGCCGCCGGCCGGUACCGCGGCGCGGGGCAGGUGCUGCAGGCGGCAGUGUACAUCGGGUCCGGCUGCACCGGCAUGGCCGGCCAGGCGGCACUGCCCAGGGAGAGCGACCGCUUCAGCUACAUGGCCAUCGUCGCGCACGCCGUCGUUGCAUCCAUGUACCCCGGUUACAACAUGUUGUAACCCAACAUGUCUGAUAUCAAAAAUGCAAAGAAAAUGGCGAUCAAGAAUAAUCAAAUGUUGAAGAACGCUGAUGGGUAAUACUACUAUACUAUAGGAGAACAAAUAAUACUCUCUCCGUUCUGAAAUAUAAGCAGGGCCGGUCCUGAGAUUUCGAAGGUCCGGGGCGAAACUAAAAUUUUGGGCCCCUUUUAUUAUAAUUUUUUCCCACAUGU